CCCCGCCCCCCGCCCCACACAGGCUCCCGUCACAAGGCAGAUCGAAGAGCGGCUGUCACCUUCACAUUUUUCCAUUUUCCGAGAGAACUCCGCGCCAACACCCGACGCCAUGGCAGGAGGGAUGGAUUUAGCGAGCAAGCUGCCGAAGCUGAGGGACGCCGAGCAGGAGAGUUCCCUGGGCAGCGUGUGGGGCGUGUCAGGGCCUGUGGUGACGGCCAAGAACAUGAGCGGGUCUGCCAUGUACGAGCUGGUGCGUGUGGGCCAUCAGGAGCUGGUGGGAGAGAUCAUCCGUCUGGAGGGUGACAUGGCGACCAUCCAGGUUUACGAGGACACAUCCGGAGUGACCGUGGGGGACCCCGUGUUGAAGACCGGCAAGCCCCUCUCGGUGGAGCUGGGCCCGGGCAUCAUGGGGAACAUUUACGACGGGAUCCAGCGCCCACUCCAGGAGAUUGGCGAACUCACGCAGUCCAUCUACAUCCCCAAGGGCAUCUCCACCCCCGCCCUCUCCCGCUCCAGGACCUGGGACUUCCAGCCAGAUCGAGCUGUCAAGGUCGGCAGUCACAUCACAGGCGGCGAUCUCUUUGGCAUGGUGGCAGAAAAUACCAUCAUCAACCAUAGAAUCAUUUUGCCCCCGAAGGCCCGAGGCACGGUCACCUACCUGGCGGCUCCCGGCAACUACUCAGUGGAUGAGACGGUGCUGGAGGUGGAGUUUGAUGGAGAGAAGCACAAGUACAACAUGAUGCAGGUGUGGCCAGUGCGUCAGCCAAGGCCGGUCAGCGAGAAGCUCCACGCCAACCACCCGCUGCUGACAGGCCAAAGGGUGCUGGACGCGCUGUUCCCGUGCGUGCUGGGUGGCACCACUGCCAUCCCCGGGGCCUUUGGCUGCGGCAAGACAUGCAUCUCCCAGGCCCUCUCCAAGUACUCCAACUCCAACGUCAUCAUCUACGUCGGCUGUGGGGAGCGUGGCAACGAGAUGGCCGAGGUGCUGCGAGACUUCCCAGAGCUUGAGCUGGAGGUGAACGGCAAGAAGGAGUCCAUCAUGAAGCGCACGUCCCUGGUGGCCAACACCUCCAACAUGCCCGUGGCCGCCCGAGAGGCCUCCAUCUACACCGGCAUCACCCUGUCUGAGUACUUCCGAGACAUGGGCCUGCACGUGUCCAUGAUGGCUGACUCCACCUCCCGUUGGGCUGAGGCUCUCAGGGAGAUCUCUGGCCGUCUGGCAGAGAUGCCGGCCGACUCUGGCUACCCAGCCUACCUCGGGGCGCGUCUGGCCUCCUUCUACGAGCGUGCCGGCCGCGUCAAGUGUCUGGGCAACCCCGAGCGUGAGGGCUCGGUGACCAUCGUGGGGGCUGUGUCUCCCCCUGGCGGUGACUUCUCCGACCCUGUCACCUCGGCCACGCUGGGCAUCGUGCAGGUGUUCUGGGGGCUGGACAAGAAGCUGGCGCAGCGCAAGCACUUCCCCUCUGUCAACUGGCUCCAGUCCUACUCAAAGUACCUGCGGGCCCUCGAGGAGCACUACGACGCAAACUACCCAGAGUUUAUGACCUACAGGACCAAGGUGAAGGAGAUCCUGCAGGAGGAGGAUGACCUGGCUGAGAUCGUGCAGCUGGUCGGCAAGGCUUCCCUCUCCGACGCAGACAAGAUCACGCUGGAGGUGGCCAGGAUCAUCAAGGACGACUUCCUGCAGCAGAACUCCUACACUUCUUACGAUCGCUUCUGCCCCUUCUACAAGACUGUGGCCAUGAUGAAGAACAUUAUUGCCUUCUACGACAUGUCCCGCCAGAUUGUGAACCGCACCGCGCAGAGUGACAACAAGAUAACCUGGCAGAUCAUCCGCGACACCAUGGGCCAGAUCCUGUACGAGCUGUCCUCCAUGAAGUUCAAGGACACCUUCAAGGAGGGGGAGGCCAAGGUCAAGAAGGACUUUGACGAGAUCUACGAGAACAUCCAGCUGGCCUUCAGGAACCUAGAGGACUAAGGUGCCGCGGCAGCAACAGACAGUGCCGUGACGGGACUCUCACCUCUCCCUCUCAUCCUCAGUCCCUCUCUCUCUGCUCUGGUAAUGGGGUCAUUUUUAGUCUGAUGUCACAUACUCAAUACCUGACUUGUUUUCCCUUUUUCUCAUUGGCAAUCCAUUAUGCUGAUUUUAGUGCCGGUCAUUCCAUUAUUUUAGUCUUCUUAUUUCAAAGCUAAAGUUUCCACUGUAUUUCAAAGUUAUAUUUCAUUCUAUCAGAGCUGAAGUUACUGUUGUUCAAUCACGGCCAAAAGUUAAUCACCACUUUCUCCCAGAGUUAAAACUGUUAUCUUGUAAUGUUGUUGAGUGGGGGACAGUGAAGUUGGCUGAGAGGUUUAUUAUAUCAGAGCUAAAGUUACUGUUGUUCAGUCAUGGCCAGAGUUGUUUGCCAUUUUCUCCUGGAGUUAAAACUGUUAUCUUGUAAUCAUGUUUACUGGGGGACAGUGAUGUAGGCCGAGAGGUUUAUCAGAGAGCAGCACAUGUAGUGUAGUGAAGAAAGUAGCCUAGUAAUGUUAUUGGGUCAAAGGGAAGGUCGUCUUUUUACUAACUUAUUCUUAGUGGCUUCUUUCCUUCCUCUUGUUGACUGGGGCUGGGAAGGUUUCAGGGAUGGGGAAUUUCCUUUAGCAUUAUAUAGUUUAACGGCAGAUUGUUUAUAAACGAGAUGAAAAAGACAACUAUGUAGUAGCUUAGUAAAGCUUAUUGAGAGUGGAAGGAGAGAUGCAAUAGGUGAGGUAGUCUUUAAGUAGAACAAAACGUAGGAGGAAGAGGAAGUAAAGGAAGAGAAAAGGGAAGAGUUGGACCAUAGAACAAAAAUACAUGUAGGAAAUGAAAGAAGUUGAGUAAUUGAAGCAGAAAGUUUUAUCUUGAGUUAGCUAAUAAAGGAGAGAGAGAAGCAGAGAGAGAGAGAGAGAGGGACUGGGGCUGCCCUAAAACAGUAUUGGUGAGGCCACGCCAUUCCAGAGUUGUGCUGUGGCUGCCUGUGGUCAGCUGCUGUUCUCACCCCCAGCGGGCCUUGCAUAAAUCUUAGGUGAUAAUUAUAAUUCUGAUAUGGCACUAGAGUCAUAUUUCCAUGUACAGUUGUCCAGAGUGACUCAUUGUUGCUGUUGUCCGUCACGUGUAUAAACAACCCCCAGCGAGCCACAGGGCCAAGAUUACUCUACAGCCCUCCCCGACUGACCUGGUGCGUGUGUGUAAGACCAGGGAGGUCGGGGGCGUGGGCGUCUUCUUUCGUCGUUAUCGGUGACAGUCAGUUCUCCAGUGUUGUGCAGCGUAGGGUGGUAGGGGCCGGCCGGGCAUCCUGACCCAGCACCCCGGCGGAACCAGCGAUGGUGACAUUCAUCUGUGCACAAGGAAUGUCUUUACAAAGGGGUAGCUUGUGUGUACAUUCCAGACUGGCCGCUACUACCGCCAGUGUCAGGUGUCUGUGUAUAUUUGUGUAUUUCACUGUGUAUAAAGAGUCGAUGGGA